GUGAAGAGAUGUGAUCUGGAGGAUUCCACACUGCAGAGUCCACAGCCUCAGCCCUGAGGAAGAAGCAGACUGACAGUGUGGCAGAGUUGGGGGAGCAGAUCGACAACCUGCAGUGCGUCAAACAGAAGCUGGCGAAAAGAGUGAAUACAAGAUGGAGAUUGAUGACCUCCACCAAUAUCAAGAUUUUGACCAACCAGUAUAACCAAUAUAAAGUCAAACCAAGUAUGAGGGUGAUGCCAUCCAAAGUAGAGGGGAAGAAGCUGGCUCAGCGUCUCCAGGAUGCUGAAGAGACCAUCAAGGCCACCAACUCCAAAUGUGCCUCUCUGGAGAAGACCAAGCAGAGGCUGCAAGGAGAGGUGGAGGACCUUAUGAACAUCUUGAAUGUCUAAAACAUUCACAAUAAAAAAGGUGGAAUAUUCAAAGCU